UUUAAACCUGGCCAUACCAUAACAUUUCUGUAGCCUCUGCUUAGUGUCGAAUCUGGAGCUAGAGUUUCAAGAUGAGGCUCCAUACUAUUCUCAAUUCUUCUCCCUCCAUGUUCCUACUGUUUUCACGCUCGAACACCGCCUCUCUUCGCAGACCUACUGCCGUCAACUUCACCAUCAACAAAGCUUUGUUCAGCAGCAGGCAACAAAUUUCGAUGAGAAGCACUUGCUGUGGUGCUAGGAGGAGAGUGAGAUAUGAAGAAGAUGAAGAGGAAUAUGAGCACAAUGAGGAGAUCGCAAUGCUGGAAAUUUAUACUCAGUCUGCGAGAGGAGAAGCGCUUCUUGUGAAAGCACUUGUGGAUGAGCGGGAAGAGGAAGUGCUUAUUUUCAGGGGGUUUUCUUCCAGCUUGAGUGGGAGGACUUCACCAGAUCCAUCAAAAAGUGUGGUGCCAGCAAGGGCAGUGAUAAAAUCGAUUGACAGAAUCAAAGGGCCUUUUGAUCCUUCUAACAUUGAAUACAUUGAGAAACACAUUCAAUGGAAGGCCUUUAAGCCCCGCCUUCCCCCUCUUCCUUGAAUUAUAAUGUGUGUUCGAACUUAAGUGUUUAAUUAUUUAUCAAAAUAAUGUAUUAUUAU